AUGGGGUUCGCUUUUCGGGUGGCUCGGAAUUAUCUUUCACUUGUUCUUGCUUACCGAAUGUGCCGUGAGAAGGCAGUUAGAGGAACUACGAGGAACAACGACGACGACAUGGUGCCAUCUUCUCCCGUCCAAUUACAACUUCAAGAUAGCCACGUGGUGGUGGACAAUGGCAUAGUUCGGUUAACUUUCUCGAGGCCGGAGGGUAUGGUCACAGGGAUACAGUACAAAGAAAUAGACAAUUUAUUGGAAGACAGUAAUACAGAAACAGACAGAGGGUAUUGGAAUCUCGUUUAUACCUGGCCACCAGAGCAUCCCAACGACAUUUUUGACAAGGUAGAAGGCACGACGUUCAAUGUUAUAAUGGAAGAUGAAGAUCAAAUAGAGCUUUCAUUUACUAAAACAUGGGACCCUUCCCUCAAUGAUACCGGACUUCCCCUCAAUAUAGACAAAAGGUUUAUAGUGUUGCGUGGGUCUCCAGGGUUCUACUCAUAUGCAAUAUUUGAGCGCUUAGAGGGAUGGCCUGACAUAAAUAUGUACGAAGGGAGGAUUGUAUUCAAGCUCAAAGAAAACAUGUUUCAGUUCAUGGCUAUAUCGGAUGAAAGGCAAAGGAUAAUGCCAAUGUACAAAGACCGUCAAACAGGUCAGGUCCUCGACUACAAAGAAGCUGUUUUACUAACAAAUCCAGAAAAUCCAUUCCUCAAAGGAGAGGUGGACGACAAGUACCAAUACUCGAGUGAUAACAAGGAUAGUCGGGUUCACGGGUGGAUAUGCUCCGACCCAUCCAUAGGAUUUUGGAUGAUAACAGCGAGUAAUGAGUUCCGCACUGCUGGGCCAGUCAAGCAAGACCUCACUUCUCACACCGGCCCAUAUACAAUUUUUUAUUUCUUUAGUACACAUUAUGCCGGAAAAUCUUUGGGAAUCAAAUUCCGUGGCGGAGAGCCAUGGAAGAAGGUUUUUGGUCCUGUUUUUAUCUAUCUCAACUCCGUUCAACCCGAUGAGGAUCCUCUUACACUCUGGACAGAUGCUAAAGAGCAGAUGUUUAUAGAAACAGAAAGCUGGCCAUAUGAUUUCCCACUUUCAGAAGAUUAUCAUUUUGCAGGUCAACGUGGUUCAGUUACCGGACGAUUGCUGGUUCGCGAUAGGUACUUUAACAAAGAGAUUAUGGCAGCAAACUCUGCUUAUGUUGGGUUGGCUCCACCAGGAGAUGCCGGAUCUUGGCAAAGAGAAAACAUGGGUUACCAAUUUUGGACUCAAGCUGAUGUUGAGGGGUACUUCUCGAUUAGAGGUGUCCGAGCUGGGAAUUAUAGCUUGUAUGCUUGGGUUCCUGGAUUUAUUGGAGACUAUAAAUACAAUAUUUAUGUUAGCGUUACGCCAGGAAGUAGAAUCAGGUUAGGCAAUCUAGUAUACAAUCCUCCAAGAAGUGGUCCAACAUUAUGGGAAAUCGGCAUCCCAGACCGUACUGCAGCAGAGUUCUACGUGCCUGACCCUAACCCGACUCUCAUGAACAAGUUGUACAUCGAUCGGACAGACAAGUUCAGGCAAUAUGGACUGUGGGAUCGGUAUUCAGAAGUAUAUCCUGAUGAAGAUCUGUCCUACACAGUUGGUGUUAGCAAUUACCAGACGGACUGGUUCUUUGCUCAUGUCAACAGGAAUACAGGAAAUAAAACUUAUAUACCAUCAACAUGGCAAAUUUUAUUUGAUCUCGAAAACAUUGAUGAGUCUGAUAAUUAUACUCUCCAACUGGCAUUGGCGUCAGCUAAUGAAGCAGAGUUGCAAGUUCGGAUAAACGACGGAGAGGCGGCAGACCCACACUUCACCACCGGGGUAAUCGGCAACGACAACGCCAUUGCCAGACAUGGGAUUCAUGGGUUAUAUUGGUUAUUCAGUGUAGAUGUACCUGGCAGUAUACUUCACAAUGGAAACAAUACAAUCUAUCUGAAACAGUCCAGAGGCAAAAUCCCUUGGAAAGGACUCAUGUAUGACUAUAUCCGUUUAGAAGGACCAUCUGAAUCAAAUUAA